GUAUGUAUUCAAGACAAUUAAUUUUACUAAACCUGUUACUGUUAUGUAAUUUUUGUGAAUGUGCGAAAAUUCUAGCAGUAAUGCCUACUCCAUCUUAUAGCCAUCAAGUAGUAUUCCAGCCUCUUUGGAAAAAUUUGUUGUUGAGGGGACAUGAAAUUACGCUUUUAACGACAGAUCCUUUAAAAGAUUCAAACUACACUGGCUUGAAACAAAUCGAUUGGAGUUUCACUUACCGUUUGUGGCACGAGACUCAUAAUUUUAGUAGCAUCAUAAUAAAUUUCAGGCAAAAUAAGUUGAACAGCUUUAAUCUCUUUUUCACAAUGAUGCAAGAUAUAUUGAGUCAAGAACUAGAUCAUGAAGACGUACAAAAACUAAUUCACGACGAGAACGAACGUUUCGAUUUAGCUAUAAUAGAAUUUCUACAUCCCACAAUGUUAGCUUUCAGCGAAAGGUUUAAUUGUCCAUUCAUUGGUGUUUCUUCGAUGGAUAUAAUCACUAGUGGGCAUGAAGCGAUGGGUAAUCCAACGAAUCCGGCGAUUUACACUGAUUUUCUUGUUCCUUACGAUUCUAAAAUGAAUUAUUUAGAACGACUCUUAAACACACUUAGUUACUUAGGAACAUGGCUGUACUUUCAUUGUUACGUGUACCCUAGAGAAGAUGUUUUUAUAAAAAGGUAUUUCGGCGAAAAUAUCCCAAAGUUGGAAGAGGUGCAGAAGAAAGCGAGCUUAGUAUUUUUAAACACCCAUCCUGUUCUCCAUGACGUGAGACCUUUAAUGCCUAAUGUUAUUCAAAUAGGCGGUGCCAUUCAUUUACGUAAUCUGACAGCUUUGCCGCAGGAUUUAGAACUAUUCCUUAAUAGUUCGGAACAAGGAGCGAUUUAUUUUAGUUUAGGGUCCAAUGUUAAAGUGCGAGACUUACCCGCAGAAACUUUUACUAUAUUAUUGGAGACGUUGGCCGAGUUACCAUUCAGAAUUGUGUGGAAAACUGAAAAAACUAAUUUCAUAAAUAACGUAAGCAACAUCUAUGCCAGCGCUUGGUUACCGCAGCAAGAGAUAUUAGCUCACAAAAGUGUUAAAGCCUUUGUGACACAAGGAGGGCAGCAGUCGCUCGAAGAAGCAAUUUAUUACGGAGUUCCGAUAAUUGGUUUACCGUUCUACGUUGACCAGUUUGCCAACAUCAGGAGAUUAUCGAGGAAAGGAGCGUGUAUAGGUUUAGACAUCGAAAAUAUGAGAAAAGAAGACUUUCAGAAGGCUGUCUAUGAAAUUACUACAAAUCAAAGUUACUUGAAAGCGGUGCAGGAAUUGUCAGUUUUGUUAAAAGAGGAGCCGAUUUCUAGCCUGGAGAAAGCUGUUUGGUGGACGGAAUACGUAAUCAGACACAGAGGUGCGAAGAUACUGAGGAGUGACGUACCGCACAUGCCGUAUUACCAAUAUUACCUACUUGACGUUAUAGCGACUUUCUUUUUUAUUUUGGUGGUAAUUUUGUUCAUCGAAUAUAAAUUAGUCAGAAGCAUAAUUAAACGUAUUCGGUCAAAGAUGAGAGGGGAUAAGCUUUAUAAAUUGGAAUAAUUUAUUAAAAAUUGUAAAUAUGUAAUGUACAAAGUGUUUUAGGAUUAAUCGGUGCAGCUUGGAAUUUGAAUUUAGGCGGUCAAAACAGGAAACGAAUGAAGGUUUUGUUUUCGAGACACAAACUGAAAAAAAUUACGGUUUCUAAAACGUCUCCGAAGAUGUUUGACGGAGAAUGAUGAAACAUGUAGAAUUACUCGUUUCAAUAACAAAGUUUAUAUAAUUUUUUUUGUACGAAGAUUAGUGCUACCGAGCUUUGUACAUCGA